ACAAUACUUAUUUAUUUCUCUUCCACUCUUUGAAGCUUACACCGACACUAAGUUCCAAACCCUUUCAACCACAAUCAUGAGCCAUGAACCCACCAAAUACGGCGACGUUUCCAGAGUCCCCAACGAGUUAGCAUCCAAACCAAUCUCCCCACAGGAUGCCGCCGCCGAGGCCCGCCAGGACAUGGGGCAGCGCGUGGAACCUGACGCUCAUAUUGGUUCAGCUGCCAUAGACGGUGACCCCAUAACCAUCGGAGAAGCUCUAGAAGCCGUGGCCAUAUCGAUUGGCGAUAAACCGGUGGACCAAAACGAUGCUGCAGCAAUCAGCAUCGCGGAGAUCAGAGCCACCGGAGAUAAGAACAUAAGGCCCGGUGGUGUGGGGGCAACAGCACAAUCUGCAGCCACUGUCAACAGCCAUGUCGUGCGCCGUGAACACAUGACAAAACUUUCCGAUGUAUUAACGGAUGCGACGGAGAAGCUGGCGUCGGACAAGGCGGUGACGAAGGAAGAUGCUGAUGCGGUGUAUGCGGCGGAGGUGCAGUUUCCAUAUCGGAGGGAUGCACCGGAAGUUAUUGCUGAACCUGGCGGAGUGGCGGCAUCCAUGGCCACCGCUGCUAAGCUGAAUGAAGAAAAAUGAAGCCUGAAGAGAAGAGCAGUUUUUUUUUUUAAUUUAAAUAAACGAGUUUUUUUUUUUUGGGUAAACGAAGUUUAGCUUGUGAAUACGUGAACAGUUUAAUGUAAAUUACUUGUUGGUUCUAUGAUUUCUUUGCUUCUUUUUUU